AUGUCUUUUUUACUCGAAGAAUCAUUGGAUGGCUUAAAGAAGGUACGUGAGUUGCAAGAUCUCCGUGACAAUAAAGAACGCUGGCAUCAGUUGACACGGCAGCAACAGAUCGCUAGCAUGAGUGAACUGGCAACCCAUGAGCGCCAGGUAUGA